UUGAAUUUUGUAUAGAAAUAAUUAAAAUUGAGAAAAAUGAAUGCAAAAGAGAAAAUAAAAAAUGAAAACAAAUAAAUUUUGUUUUGUACUUCUGUAAUAAAUGAGAUUAACUUAUUUAGUAAAUAUAAUAGAUGAAGGGUUAGAAUUGAUUAACAAUAUAAUAAAAAUCUUUUAAAAAAUCAAUUAAGAUAAGCAAGUAUUAUUUUCUACUGUUAUCCAUGCUUCCAAACAAUUCUCAUUUAUACUACUAUCCAUGUUUCCAAACAAUUCCCAUUUAUACUACUAUCUAAGUUUCCAAACAACUCUCAAAUGUACUUUAGUUUUAAUAAUAUAGAUGAUUUUCUUUCCUCUCUUUUUUCGUGUUUGGAUAAUCUUUUAACUAAAAUAAAGGCCCCCGGCACUCUAUGCACUAUAUAAGUAAAACCAUAGAAGACUUAUUGGGCCUCGUGUAACCUAUAAAGGUACUUACUCUUCUUGUUGGGCUACGUAUAAACUAUAAAGGCACUCAACCUCUCUCUCUUCCCGCUUUCACAGAACAAGAAACAAUGGGGAUAUCCGAAAUGCAGAAGAAGAAGAUCCAGAGAAAGAAACUGCAUGAAGAAGAGAAGAUUCUUUCAGAUUUGAUGGAACUAGCGGUGGAAGAUAAUCAAGGACUCGAGACGGAGAAAGCCGACGAAAUGGUUUGGCUAAUGAAGUGUCCACCAAGGGUCGACAAGGCGUGGCGCCAACUCUCUUCUUCGUCUUCUUCGUUUUCUCAGGAACUUGUUCUCGUGGCGAAGUAUAGUGAGUCAGUCGAUCUCCUGCUGCCCGAUUUGUCGCCUGAGUUGAGCAUGGAGAUGGCUAGUGCUGAGCUAUGUAACAUUUCGAAGCUCUAUUCUGUAAGCAAAUCCAGUGACUUUGUUGGUCCAAUGAAUCUCUUCUCGGAAUCAAAUCAAGGUAAACUUGCGGUGGAAGGAACGGUGACGCAUAAACUCGAUAUGAGACCCCAUGAUUGCAUUGAAGAAUACGGAAAGCUUUUACGUCAGAGGAACAAGAAACCUGUGGCUGAAAAUAGAUGUAUCCAGGUUAUUGAUGAUAGCCGUGGAGAACACUUGAUGCCCAAGCCUCCAUUGGUAACAAAGAAGCUUAAGAAAAGGGACAAGAGGACUAGAAGCGACCGUAGUGAGGUGGAAGCAAAAAUGUUCCAACUGUUUGAAAGAGAACCGAAAUGGACACUGAGACAGCUUGUUAAAAAAAUCAACCACCCAGAGAUAUUCUUGAAAGAGAUACUCAAAGAGCUUUGUGUCUAUACAAGGACAAGGAGUGGUCAUUCUUACGAGCUUAAACCAGAAUACAAGAAGAGUACUUAAUAAGGUACAGCAGGAGUUCAGUAAACAGGCAUCAUCAGAUUUUUUUUUUGUGUACAAAAAAUAAAAUAAAAAGGUUGUAAAAAUUGGAGCUUUUCUUUUUGAACAGGUAAAGACUAAAACUUUUGAACUAUAAUGUGAAAAGGCAUCUUUCAUGAGGUUGUUAAUUUUUUUUUGUUACUCAAGUAAUACACACUUCCAAAUAUUUUUUUCACUACAAAACUUACAAUGUGAAGACAAAAUAUACAUUUAGCACCAACUCACAUAGAGUAACCUUUUUGAAGAUCGCCGCCACGUCAGUAGUUAAGAUUAUCUUUGUGAAGCCUAUAGAAAUAAGCGGCCGCACUUAAGGAGGCUGUGAUCAAGGCGACACCUUUAAAGACAUCAAACUCAUCGUUCACGUAGCCAAAGAAGAUAACCACAAGCACCGACACGAUUGGCCAUGUAAUGACACUGAUCACGUUAGCUAACACGCUCGAGACGGAGAAGACAAGCCCCACGAUCCCAACCCAGUAGACCUGCCACGCAACGACUUGACCCACCAUAGCCAUCACGUACGCACCUUUCCCUUUCGAGAAACCAUUAAUGUCCCUCUUGAAAUC